UCGCGGCGGCCGGGGGCGUGUCCUGGGCGGGGCCUGUCCCCCCACCAGCCUCCGGGUCGUGAAGUGGAGGCAGCGCAGGGAGGGCCCGGCCCCGGCAUGCCACACCCAAGCCACCUGUACCAGCACGUGUCAGAGGCCCGAUGGCCCAUUGUGUACUCACCAAGGUACAACAUCACCUUCUUGGGCCUGGAGAAGCUGCACCCCUUUGACGCAGGAAAAUGGGGCAAAGUGAUCGGCUUCCUAAAAGAGGAGAAGCUGCUGUCUGACAACAUGCUGGUGGAGGCCCGCGAGGCCUCGGACGAGGACCUGCUGGUAGUGCACACGAGGCGUUACCUCAACGAACUGAAGUGGUCCUUUGCUGUCGCCACCAUCACGGAGAUCCCGCCAGUCAUCUUCCUCCCCAACUUCCUGGUGCAGAGGAAGGUCCUGCGACCCCUGAGGACCCAGACUGGGGGAACCAUCAUGGCGGGGAAGCUGGCCAUAGAGCGGGGCUGGGCUAUCAAUGUAGGGGGUGGCUUCCACCACUGUUCCAGUGACCGGGGCGGGGGCUUCUGUGCCUACGCGGACAUCACACUGGCCAUCAAGGUGCCCUCAGGGCAGGUUGGGGGCUCCCCGGGACCUUCCCACUGGCCCCCUCGAUGCUCUCACCCCACACCAUUUGCAAGGAAGCUGAGGCUAGAGAUUGGGUUUCUCUUUGAACGUGUGGAGGGCAUCUCCAGGGCCACCAUCGUGGAUCUUGACGCCCAUCAGGGCAACGGGCAUGAGCGGGACUUCAUGGGUGACAAGCGUGUGUACAUCAUGGACGUCUACAACCGUCACAUCUACCCUGGGGACCGCUUUGCCAAGGAGGCCAUCAGGCGGAAGGUGGAGCUGGAGUGGGGCACAGAGGACGAGGAGUACCUGGUGAAGGUAGAGCGUCACCUGCAGAGGGCGCUGCAGGAGCAUCUGCCUGACAUCGUGGUGUACAACGCAGGCACCGACAUCCUGGAGGGGGACCGCCUGGGGGGGCUGUCCAUCAGCCCACAGGGCAUCGUGAAGCGGGACGAGCUGGUGUUCCGCCUGGUGCGAGGCUGCCAGGUGCCCAUCCUCAUGCUCACCUCGGGCGGCUAUCAGAAGCGCACGGCCCGCAUCAUCGCCGACUCCAUCCUCAACCUGAGCUACCUGGGUCUCAUCGGACCCCCCACUCCCUGCGUCUCUGCCCAGAACUCGCGCUCCCUGCUGCUGCCCCCCAAGGUGUGCUGACCCGCUGCCCCCCACUCUCCUGCGCCCCCUGGCGCCCCUCCUCUCACCACACCCACAGUGGCUGGGCGGAGGGUCGGGCCUACUUCCGGGAAGGCCCGUGUGGAGGGUGGGGUCUGGCAGCCAGGGAGGCAGGCGGUGCUCCCUGGAGGAGGGGGAGGAUGGCUCCCGGGGCACUGGGGAGGGGGGCCUCCUCCCGGGAUGGGGUGUCCAGCUUGCAGAAGCCAGGGAUGCCCAUUUCUUGACCUCACCCCUGCUCUCCAGCUGACAGUGCCUGUCCUUCCUUCCCACCCUGGGAGAGCGAGGGCACUGGGAUGCCCAGGUUCCUCUGGGUGGGGCCAUAGAUGUGAGGGGUGGCAGGGCAGGGGUGCUUCUGGGGGUCCCUCCUCAGGCAAAGCCAGACAUGGACCUGCUUCCCAGAGCCCUCCUUGGUGGGAACCACAGGAAGGGGUGGGAACAAGAAGUGCCAAAUCCCUGGUUCGGCAGUGGGGUCCCCUGCUCAGAGAGAGGGGGCAGGUUUGGGGAGAAGGCACAGCUCAGAUGGGGCUGUGUCCCCCAGGGGAGUGGCAGAGGAAGGCGAGGUCCUGUGGGAGGACCAGGGGCUGGGCAGGGGGCCAGGCAGAGGGAGAUUCCAGGGGGUGGCGCGAAGGGGACCUGGGGUUCCAGAUGGGGAGCAGAGGCCCCACCCAGGCCUGCAGAUUGUUAAGGGGGGCUGCGGCCUCUGCUGGCCUCACACUGUGUGCUUCCUCUGAACGUCCCAGUGGAGGAAUGACCUCUGACAUUUGAAGAACCUGGGGUGGGUGGUGGUGGGGGGGAGUGCAGCCACCCUUCCAUUGCCUGGGUAUGACCUUAGAUAAGGGUCAAAGGUCAGGUGUGGGGGGAGGUGGGUCAGCUGGGGGGUUCUCCCUCUUUCAUUAAUGCCUCCCAUGGGUCAUUUUCUCAGUGUGGUCAUUAUACCUUCUGGGGCAUCCACCCCGGGUACCCCUGCACUCCUCCCCUCUGUAAUGUCUCUUACCUCCAGCCUGAGCCCGGUGGCUCUUGCUGGAACCUGGUGGCUGGGUGCAUCUUAAGUGUGGAAGGAAAUAAAGACUCAGAACCUGCA